UUCAGAGGAACUGUCUCAACCCCGUUUUUUCCCCUUUGGGUAAGACAGCAGCAAAAUAGAACAAGUGCUGUGUACAAGUCCUGUAUUCUAUUUGAUCAGUAAAUGUUGGUACCGAAUAUCAAGUGCCAAAAUAAAUAAGCCUUUUUUUUCGUGAGAAGAGGGUCUGUGUAAUCAAUUAGUGAUUUUUGUGAACUCGACUGAAUAGCUAAUCAAGUAGAAGCACCUUACAGCGCUGGGCGGGUUGUUGAGUUCAAGUGAGACAAUUAUACGGUGUUACGAGGACCCACUCCUGCUGAACAACUUGGGGCAAAUAUGUGCAAUAGUAGCGCCUCUGGGACUGGUGGCAGUAUUGGCCAAAGUGGAACGAUUUCCACGAUUCCCAAGGCUGUAAGCGGCUAUGACGAAUACUACGACUCCAGCUGGCAGCUCAUUCCACCGGAUUACGGUGCAACCGAGUACGACUACAAGUACGAAAUCCUGGAUAGCAUGAAAAUACCUACCGUCCAACGAUCAGGAUUUCACAUCAGCGACAUUCUAGAACUGAACAACCAGAACGUUCACGGCAAAGAUUUCCAUCAUGCCCAUUUGCAUUCCGCUGGUGCUACGGCCACUGAUUUGCAUCCACCACGGGGGGACACCACAAUCGGAACGGAUUAUCCGUCCUUAUCAGCACAUCAUCACCAGGAUCCGGAGCAAGCUCACCUUGUUCAGUACAGUAACAACGGUGCCACACCGAACAAUUACACGCCGUUACAUGUGCCGCCUCCUCCCCCUCCUCCGCCACCGUAUGGUGAAUUACCGCCAUACUAUCAUCAUUCCCAUCAACUGUUCCCCAGUGGACCUGGGCCAUCCCCUAACGGAGUUACAUCGACUCUACCCCGAACGUGGUACUAUGAUAACAGCAGCACCGAUUACGUGCCUUCCGUUAUCCAGAACCUUGAGGCAGGCAUCAACCAGCAGGUGAGUCCAGACAGCACAUCACCGGUAGCGGACAUUCCACCGUACACAACGAUCGCUGGUAACUAUAACAUACCGACGGCGGUUAUCGAAACGUCGGGACGGUUAGAGCGUGCCGGAACGGAUAGCAACAAUAACAACAGCAAUACCUGCGACGUUGACUCACUGGACGACAGUAUUGAGGUCGGUAACUCGGGUGACGAUCGAGCAGGAAGCGAUAGAGCGGCGAAUACCGGUGCUUCUAGUCAGAAGAAACGUAAACGGCGUAUACUAUUCUCUAAAUCGCAAACGUACGAGCUGGAGCGAAGAUUCAAACAAACCCGGUACCUUUCGGCACCAGAGCGGGAACAUUUGGCUAACAUGAUCCAUCUGUCGCCAACGCAAGUGAAAAUCUGGUUCCAAAACCAUCGGUACAAGACCAAGCGCGCGCAGACAGAGAAGAUUACAAAUUUCGCGCACCAGAUAGGAAACUCACCCAAACGGAUCAACGUACCGGUGCUGGUACGCGACGGAAGGCCCUGUCAUGGACCGGUAGGAACAAUUAUGCCAGCAAAGGGCACACAAGAUGGACAGCAUACACAGCAGCAGCAUUUUCUGCCUGGAAGCAUCCACUCGCUGGUUAGCUCCGGUAGUACGGAACACGGUGCCAUCGGACUGAACUAUCAGCCACCUGGCGCUCAGGGUAUUAUGCAGAAUCAUGUUGGAACGGGUAGCUCCAGGUGGUGGCCCUAAGCAAGGUGAUAUGGGUGAUCU